CGAUAUAUUCCAUCGAUUGUUUUUCAGCACAACUUUUUUCACGUGUGGCACGAUACAUAGGAAAAGCGAGCCAAUUCUGCCCAAACAAACCAACGCCGCGCCACAAAAAACACAGAGGUCAAGCCAGCUACGUUUCCACACCGGUCAGAGCAAGAUGGUGCCCAUUGGACCCGUUCAUCCCAACCAUCCCGGCGUUGUGCAUCCCCCACAACAGCCGAUGCCCACAGCACCCACCGGACCCAAUUCGCUGCAGCCGAAUGCCAAUGUCUCGGGCUCCUCGAACUCCACCUCGAACAAGAGCUCCAUGUCGGUGAAGCCCAACUAUACGCUGAAGUUCACUCUCGCCGGCCACACCAAGGCCGUCUCUGCGGUCAAGUUCAGCCCCAACGGCGAAUGGCUGGCUAGCUCAUCUGCUGACAAACUGAUCAAAAUCUGGGGAGCCUACGAUGGAAAGUUUGAGAAGACCAUCUCCGGGCACAAGCUGGGCAUUAGCGAUGUGGCCUGGAGCUCGGACUCGCGUCUGCUAGUCAGCGGCAGCGACGAUAAGACCCUCAAGAUCUGGGAGCUGAGCACUGGCAAGAGCCUCAAGACGCUCAAAGGGCACAGCAACUACGUGUUCUGCUGCAACUUCAAUCCGCAGUCCAACCUGAUUGUCUCCGGCAGCUUCGACGAGAGCGUGCGCAUUUGGGAUGUCCGAACGGGCAAGUGCCUGAAGACACUGCCCGCCCACUCUGAUCCCGUGUCGGCGGUUCACUUCAAUCGCGAUGGAUCGCUGAUUGUCAGCUCCAGCUACGACGGCCUGUGCCGCAUCUGGGACACGGCCAGCGGACAGUGCCUGAAGACGCUGAUCGACGACGACAAUCCGCCCGUGAGCUUUGUCAAGUUCUCGCCGAACGGCAAGUACAUUCUGGCGGCCACUCUGGACAACACUCUCAAGCUGUGGGACUACUCGAAGGGCAAGUGCCUCAAGACCUACACGGGCCACAAGAACGAGAAGUACUGCAUAUUUGCGAAUUUCUCUGUCACCGGCGGCAAGUGGAUUGUCAGCGGCAGCGAGGACAAUAUGGUCUAUAUAUGGAAUCUGCAGAGCAAGGAGGUGGUGCAAAAGCUGCAGGGCCACACCGACACUGUACUCUGCACUGCCUGCCAUCCCACCGAGAAUAUCAUCGCCUCCGCUGCGCUCGAGAACGACAAGACCAUAAAACUGUGGAAGUCAGACACAUAGAGGACGCGGCGGCUAUCGCUGGUAUCCAGCAAAUACAGUAGCCCCUCCCCCUACCACCACCAGACACACCGACUCCCACACAGAAAUUCAUGAUCUUAAUUUGCAAAAUAUUUUUUUUUUAUAUUCGUAAACUCUUAAUCGUCUACUCCUAAAAUCACAAAGUUUUUCAAAGUUUCGAGGUAGUUUCGAGGAUUUAUGUUGCGAUGUUUGGUGAUGUAUGGUAAGAAGAAGGGACAGUUCAGUUUAGUUAUUCAUUCUUAAGCUAAAAAUGUAUGUAUAGAUAUUUAUUAGCCUAUUUUAUUGGCUACAACAGUAAGACAACAGGGGGAUUUCGCCUUAAAUAUGAUUCUAACAUUUGCCGCACUAACCCCAACA